UUUUAUAUAUUAUUCUUAAUUCUGAAAAAUCAUUCAUUCAUUUUAACCUGCAACCAUCUCCUUCUCCAUAAUCCCUCUGACCCAGAAAGUGAGAAGAUGCACCAACAAUUUUUCAUUUUCAUUUUCAUAUAAAAAGGUGUCAUCUUUAGCUAGAUUACUAGCUAGAGUCCUAUACCUACAAAUGGGUUUCAAAGUCUUAGGAUUUUCUCUUUUCAUCUUCAUCUGCUUCAUUGCUCUUACUUCUUCUGCAUAUCCUCUUCACACCACCUUCUCUUCAGAAAUUAUGCAGAUGAGAAAGUUGGAAGAUAAGGUAAUAGAUGGAAGUAAGAUAGAAGGAGGAGGUGGUCAUCAUGGUGGCAAUUCACACGGAAAUGGAAAUUCAGGAUCAUCUGACACACGAGGAGGAGGUGCAGCAGUUAUACCUGUUUAUGCAGCAGGUGCUGCAAAUAAAAAUAACCAACAUCAGACUCGUCAUGGUGCUGCAAGCUGCAACCUUAACAAAAUCAGAUUUUCCAAUAUGCUUAUGAUACUCCUGAUCUAUCCUUUCAUACUGUCAUUUCUGUUGAUAUAGAAAGCGAAAAAAUGGUUCAUUGUAUAUUCUGUAACAACUGUUACAGGUUCUUUGAAGGAAUAGUAUUUGGUGAUCUAGCGAUGUAUUUUCAUUAGUUUGAAUUUGUGACACAAUUUAUGUUACGUGUAUCUGUUUCUUAUGAAUAAAACUUAUUCGGAUUGCACCAAAUA